GCCGCGAUUAUGGAAACGCCACAGUGAAGCUUUAAUGCAUUAAUCAAACACAAAGUGCAGCGAGUACUUCAUUGUAGAUCCCAGAGCAUGCAAGAUGAGGGCCGCGGGUGGAGCGGCGCGCGCGCGCACCUGCACGUGCUGCUCUGCCUGGCGGGGUACCCGGCGGUCAACGGGCUGCCCAAGGCGUCGCUGACGGGCGGCGCGCUGGGCGGGGCCGCGCUGCACGCCGCCGCCACGCUGCUGGCCGCGCCGCUGCUCUACCUCGAGCUGCUCGUGGCCCAGUACACCUCCCGCGACUGCAUCGACGUGUGGAAGGUGCGCCCCUGCCUCUCGCACAUCGGCUACAUCAUGUUGGUCUGGCAGAUCUACGUGCUCGUGUUCAACCACGUGGUCACCGCCUUCUGUGUCCACUACCUGUGGGUGAGCUUCGAGCGGCCGGUGCCGUUCUACUCGUGCGGCCCGUGGGCCGACGCGUCGUGCAACGUGCUCGAGACCAACUACACCGUGUUCGAGGACUGCGUGAAGCACGCGCGCAACGCGACGCACUGCGCCGCGCUGCCGGCCAGCUUCCGCGAGCAACAGUACUGGGACCACUUCACGCUGAGCUCCAGCUCCAUAGUGUUGUGGCGAGUGGUCCUACCCUCAGCGAGCAUCUGCCUCUUCGUCUACCUCGCCAGCUUCAGACGAGAAAAAAGUCUGGAAUACGUCGCAAAAUUCUUGGUCGUGUAUCCCCUGGCAUCGUAUUCGAUACUAUUCAUCGGCUCCAUGAUGCAAAGAGGAGUAGUGCAAAACUUUAGCGAGGCCGCCGAUUUGAACUUGAAGCUGUUCUCGGAGACUGUGAAUGUGCCGUUGUAUGUGGAGCAAGUGAUUUACUUGUUCUUCAUCGGCACGGGCAUCAACUUCAACCUGGCGUCGCGCUGCGGGUUCCGGCUGGGGGUGCCGGGGCGCGCGGCCGGGGUGCUGCUGCUGACGCUGCUGCUGGAGGCGCUGGCCACCGCGAGCCUCGCGCUCAUGAUGUGUCCCUUCAUGCAGGCCACCAGCGCGCGCCUGGCCCGCGCCGCCGCCGCCUCCGCGCCCGUCGCCAACAUAUUCACGCUCAUGCCGCUGUUGCUGCACUCCUUCCGCUACACGCACUACUGGCUCGUGCUCCUCUACUCCUCGCUCUCCGUCGUCGGCCUGCGCGUGUCCGUCGUCCUGUUCUACUCCAUCGUCAAUGUGCUCGAAAUUAGAAUCAGAGUUAUCGCCAAAUAUCCCGGCAUUUCCAGUCUGCUAUUCUCCAUUCUUAUGUUUCUAUUGACGUUACCUUUUCUGAGUACGUGCGGGCUCAACCUCUUGUCUAUGACGUUCCAGCGGUACUUCCGUCUGAGCACGGCGUUCAUGAGCGUGCUGGAGGUGGGCGUGUUCGUGGUGUGGCGCGGCAUGGGGAGGUUCGCGGAGGACGUGCACUUCAUGCAGGGCGCGGCGGCGGGCGCGGCGGCGCGGGCGGGGUGGCUGGUCUGCGGCGCGGCCAUGCUCUACGUGUUCAUUGAGGAGCUGCGGUCGCAGACGGCGGUGGAGUCAAUGGACGAUCUGAUUGGCUGCCUGCUGCUGGGGGCGACGGCCGGUUGGCUGGUGCUGGGGGUGGCGUGCAAGCUGCUGGUCGCUGGUUGGCGCGGCUCGUGGCGGUCCGCGCUGGCGCUGGAUGGGGGUUGGGGCCCGCGGGACGCGCUGCUGCGCCGCAGUCGCGCCAUGUUCACUACGCAGGCCAUGACCAAGGAGUUCCUGUACCGCCAGUACCGCCUGCACGCCGCCGCGAGCCGCCGCCAGCGCCGCAGCAACGUGCGCCGCCCGCAAGAUAACAACGAUGGACUCACCGACUGAUGUGGAAUUAAAUUACUCACCUAUGUGUAAAAUAUAAUUCUGAAAUCAGAAUUAAAAUCAUGUUUAUUAAUAUACGAAAGGCUAUCGCAUAAA